UUUUUUUAAACUUAAUUUUUUAUUUUUGAUCAUAGUUGACUGGUGGUGCUCUGAGGUGAACAUAUAUUUCACUCUAUUGUUCGUGUAAGGAAAAAUAACGUGUAAUUAUAAAGAAAGCAAUGUAAGAAAUAUUUACAAUUCAUUCUCUUUUCACCGAGCUCGCGCAACAAAUAAUCAUCGAUUUAAGCCGUGUGUACAUCGCGAUGGGAAUUUCCUGUGAGCUGACAAAGAACCGCGCAGGAGGAAGGUGUUGUCCACCUACCAAGCUCCAGUGAAUCCACAUACGUGUGCAUCAUUGAAUCGCGCGAGUUUGUGUCUGUGAGCGCGACACCAUGGUUUAUGUGGCUACGUAGCAUUUCAAUGGCGAGGGUCAGUCGGUAUUGCAUAAUAUCAGGCGAUGGGGGAUAUUUCAGUAGCAGUGAGGCGUUUCGGAAUGCGCGAGUCAAGAAACUCAGCAAGGAGUUAAACUCUCAAUAGAAAUGUCGAGGACGUUGCUUCUUAUGGCCAUCGGUUUGCUCGCAAAGGUAUUGGGUUUACCUCAUGGCGCACCACCGGAAACGUGCCUGGACCUAACGCCGCGUCAUCCCGACACCUUCCUCCAAUCAUCAAAUCCACCUUAUCAGGUGCUACCCGCAGCCGGACAAGGCAGGGUUCGAUUGAUCCUGGGAAGUCCCCAGGGUCUCUCAUACCAGGGCUUCCUGAUCCUCGCCCGGGAUAUCGAUACCGGCGAAUACGUGGGUGAAUUCACGAAUCUGCCUGAUAACGCGAAAAUCGUAGAGUGCACCGAGGGUGUGAAGAAUGGUGUGACUCAUACGAGUAAGGAGAGGAAGCAGAAUCUUGAAUUCGAUUGGGAGGUUCCAGUCGACUACGAGGGUAUUAUUAUCUUCAACUCAACCUUCGCUCAGGAUUAUAGCACAUACUGGGUUGGCGUGGAGUCGCCCAGAGUCAUCGUUAACAAGCGGUCCGGCAUCAACGUAUCGGCCUCACCCUUACCCGUCACUAACUUUAGAACCACCACACCACCCUACUACACCCGCACUGACAAUUAUGCGACGAAGGAUGUGGAGGACCCGUUCUACACGGGCUGCCACACCACGAAGAACUGCUUCGGCUCGCCCGCAGGCUGCAUAAAAACCAAGGAUUGCACCGCCGUGGUGGCCGUGACCGUGCAAGGCGACCAAUAUUAUUUCGAGUUGCAGACACGCGGGGAGGCCAAAUACGUCGCUGUCGGAUUGUCGGACGACAAGAAUAUGGGUGACGACAGCGUAGUCGAGUGCACGAACGAGAAUGGCGAAAUUGCGUUACACAUGUCUUGGAACACCGGAAAGCGUAAUACACGCCAUGCGACGUCGGAAGGCGCGGUCAAUCUGGAGACCGGCACGAUCAAAGAUGACGUGAUUUAUUGCAAGUUCCGACGGGACAAGCUUACUGUUGUUCAGGGACGAACGUACGACCUCGUCAAAACUCCGUACCAUCUCCUCGUGGUCGCCGGCAAAGAUUUGAAAAGAAAUGGCGUUGACUUUCACGAUGUCGCCUAUCUUGGAACCAGCACCUCAAAGCGAUUGUCUGAUGUCGGAGAAUGGACUGCAGCCAGCGACUUGCUGAUUCGCCUUCACGGCGCGCUUAUGCUAGCUUCGUGGAUCGGCACGGCGUCCAUCGGGAUGCUGCUUGCGAGAUAUUACAGACAAACGUGGGUCAACUCGCAGCUAUGCGGAAAGGAUCACUGGUUCGCCUGGCACAGAUUCUUUAUGUUGCUUACCUGGUCGAUGACAAUCGCAGCCUUCGUGAUAAUAUUCGUGGAAUUAGGCACAUGGAGCUCCGAGACGAUACACGCUUCCGUCGGCUUGGCUACCACUAUUCUCUGCUUCAUCCAGCCGUUUAUGGCGGCUAUGAGACCGCAUCCUGGUGCACCACGAAGAACCCUUUUCAAUUGGGCUCAUUGGUUCGUUGGUAACGUGGCAAAAAUCUGUGCCUUAAUCGCGCUUUUCUUCGCGGUGCGGUUGAAUAAGGCCAAACUUCCGGAUUGGGUCGACUGGAUUCUUACUGCAUACGUGGUAUUCCACGUUCUGACUCAUCUCAUUCUUACGUUCCUUGGAUGCGCUUCUGACAGGCAAGCCAGUCAGAGAGUGAAUUCAUUCCCGAUGAAAGACAUGCAUUCUCGCGGAUCAAUGGUGCAUCCAGAUGCGAGACGAGACGCUCCGCACUCUAGUAUGCGGAAGUUCAUUUUCGGUGUGUACUUUGUGGUUAUCGUCGUGUUCGCCGCAGUCCUCAUAGUGAUCACCGUGUUGGCACCUAUCGAGGAAACGUGGACCACCUUCACCAACACUAUCUCAAAUUACUGAGGCCGCUAAUCAACGCCGUGGAAAUAUAUUCGUCACCGCCACGAUACACGCGCGGAAGAUUCUGACCGGAUGGCGGAGGUCGCAUAGCCGUCGCAGCGACGAUAUAUAUUCCCAGUGCAACUUUCUGUAUGCAAAUUAACUUGAAGAAUGUGUAAAUCCUCAUUCGUGUAAAGAUGCAAAUCCACCGACGCGGUGCGCGAAGACGAAAGAGAUUGUUGCGGCGCUGACAAUUGUUUCUAUCUGUUCCAUGUUUUUGGAAAGCCCGUAUUAUCGCACACAUUUUAUCUUAAUUAUAUUUCGUGUUAAAAUUAAGUUUUUGUAUAUAAUAUUCUUAUCUUUUUUUGAAGAUAUUAAACCUAAAGUUUAUAUAUUUUAUUACAUAUUACUAAACACAACCCACAGAUGCAAUUAUACGGAGUGCUUUCUUAUCGAUAUAAGAAUAAAUUUGAGAAUUUUGUAAUAAAAAAUUAUUAUUUGUUCAAAUUAAGCAUGAUUAUAAGACUAAAAUAAAAAUUCGAAAUAACUGCCUUUAGAAUGUUAUUAUACAGGGUGUAUAAUAUUGUUAUUAAUAGGUGAUAUGAUUAGUCUGAUACAUCUCGUAUAUUUUACAUUAUUUUUUAAUAAAUUCUCUUAAUGAUAUUAAAAUAAAGUAAAUUGGAUUGACUUACCGGCAUGAUGCGGAGCAGCGGAGUUGUUUGCAAAUAACAUACAAAAUGUAUCCAAGUAUCUGUAACAUAUAAAAUAUAUUCAAGUUAUAAGAGCAUUGAAAAUAAUUAUAUUUGACAAAUAAUUAUUACGUAUAUUGAACUUUUACUCAUCUUUUAUACAAAUAAUUAAUAAAAGAAUUAUAUAGAAAAGAUUUAAAAAUAAUGUAAAAUAUAAACUGAUCUAUAACACCCUGUAUAUAAAAUAUAAACAAAUAAAAAAUUAUCUCUU